AUGGUCGGCGUCCCUGGGAAAUACAAGGGCUGCAACACCUGUCGAGCUAGACGAGUCGCGUGCGAUAACGCGAGGCCAUUUUGCAAAAAAUGUACAGAUUAUGGCCGUGAAUGUGGUGGAUAUGAAAGGGAGGUCAGUAGUUGGAAUCCUUGUUUGCUCAUCCGCGCCGGCUCAAGGAGUUGUUUUACUCCUGGAAAGCACGGCACCGGAACCGUUUUCAUCGUCGGUACCCCGGACGAUAAAGGGAGAUGCUCUUCUCACCCGCCACGAAACCAGCAGGGUAGCAAGAAAGCCAAAGGCAAUGAAGCUCGAGCAACGGCCAAGUUAGAAUUUGUCACCACGGAGCCAUGGCAACCUGCGUGGGCUGAUGUGGCGCCUUUGUCCUCUGCGGCUGGAUCAUAUCCGUUUCGAUUCGUUGCCCUCCAAACAAAUUUCAACUCCACAUUUCAAACAAGUAGAGCAUCGUCACCCGGAAAUGGCGUGACGCUGUCUCUGGAUACUCUACCUCCUCCUAAUACAACCCCGUCCUUUGGUGGCGAGGCAUUCGGAUUAAAAGCUCAUUCCCUCAUCCAUUUGCCGCAGAGAAAUCCGGAUAAACAGACGGCCAGUAAUCAUGCAGAAGGGAUCUGCAUGUUUUUAUACGAGCAAAACUGUUCUGCCGCCUAUACCGACGAAGAACUCUGGAAAGACUCUUCUGCCUUAUCUGACACAAUUCGUGCACCAGGUCCCGCAGCGUACCAAUCCUUUCCAGAUCAUCACUUCUUUGCUCGGGUUUACCGACCUAAUGCUAUAUGGGCGGCUUUACUCAACCGUCAGCCAACGUUCCUAUGCUCGCCUGAAUGGACGAUUAUCCCAUGGGAACGUCACCCUAGGACACCGCUUGAUGACCUCCUCGAUAUUGUAGUCCUUUUACCGUCGAUAUACUCUCGGGCAGAUCGUAUAACAUCACUAGAGCCAAGCUCGGCCCGCCGAUUGAAAGCGAAGGAUCUUCUGAGUAAUUGCGUCAACAUCGAGAGGCAAUUCGACAUCUGGUACUGCAUGCUCCGGCAAAGAUUAGACGAGUCGGGGUCACCGCUCUACUGGGCAGCGGACGUAGUACCUAGCGGUACACAGGCGCCUUUCUCUGGCACCUUCACCUUUCCUUCGCCGCUGCUGGGAUUGGUACACGUUUAUUACUGGACCGUUCUCGUUGGGUUUCACCAAUGCGUGUACUCGCUUUUAAACAUUAUUUUCGAAUGCGUGGGGGACUUUUCUUCGGGUACGGACAUUCUACCAGAGAUACCACCGGCUAUCAACCUUGAGAAAUACCAACCAGCCCAAACGAGAAUGCUUGUUGCAAACAUAUGCCGAAGCUUGGAUUUUUCACUCCAAACUACGGCACAACCGAAUCUCUUGGCAGCUCCACUUUGGGUCGUAGCCGAAUUUUAUCAUGGGAUCGGACAGUUUGGUGAUGGUGAUCUAGAGCGACAGUGGUGUGCUGUAUUCCAGGGAAUGUUACAAGCAAAAAUUGGAGAAAUGAGUUCUUGUUUGCAAGAGAAGAAGUGGAUUGAGGUUAAGCAACACGGAUGAUUAUUACCUACCCUAGGUAGGUAGGUAUAUAUCUAGGCGGAUAUAUGUAAGUGUUUGAUUUCCAAGUGGAAGACAUUCAAACCAAGAUUGAAUGCAUUUAUAAAGGAUAGAUGGAGGCUAUGUAUGUACUGUACUGGAGUUGGUUUGGAAUUGUGAGAGGAGUUGGUAAAAGCAUCAUUCAAGUUGUAAAAUUCAAGGAUUUGGUUAGGUCAGGGAUGGAUUGUAUUUAUGUAUUAUGUAAAUUUAAAAUUGUUAAACUUUGAAGUGAAACCAUUCAAGUUCAAGUUGAUGAUGUAUCCAUGUACGGAUAUCAGGUGACCACAUGAUU